ACUAGCUCCGACAGGUUACAUACAGACAACCCGGGGUGGGCGCGCCUUGGUUAGCCCUUGUGUUACGGCGACUGAUCAAUCAUUGAAAAUCGGAUCCCAUAGGCGCAGAUCCCAGCUGCGGCGGAGACGACGACGUGGUGUGGUGGUGAUGAUGCCGGCUGGCGGUGGUGGUGGUGAUGAUGCUGGCGUUGAUGGCGGUGACGGCGGGAAACCGGCCAUGGACCACCCGAGCGCGUUGACAGCCGAUAUGCCACUUACUCUACGCAUUCUGUGCGUGUACAGAGUUAUGCGUGUAUGCGUGUAUGCGUGUGCGUGUGUGUGUGUGUCUCUGUGUGAGGUGGGAGGCAGGCUGGCUAUACUAGUACUUGACGAGUGCUACUCUGCCGGCGAAGCGCAGUUCUCCCUUCCCUUCCCUUUCUUUUUUUCUCUUUCUUUCCGUCCGCUUCUUUCCCCCUGGAUUCGGGCGUCACUGGCGAUGCUACUGCUGCUGCUGGGCUGGCGAUGCUGAUGAAGAUGAAGAAGCGCCGGACCGGCUUCGAGUG